UUAUAAUAUAGCAAUGGUUAAAUUACGGCGUAUUCAAAAAGAAAAUUAUAAAAAAGAAAUUGCACUUGUUCUUCCUGCACUUACUAGAUGGGGAACACAUUUAGAUUGUAUAAAAUUCCUUAUGAAAUCACAAACAGCAAUUCAACAAAUGCUUUUUGAUCCUAGUGUAGCAACUUUAAAUUUAGAUCUUAAAACACGAUUACAAUCUAAUACAUUUUGGGUUGAGCUUAAUACAAUUAUUAAAAUUCUUAAGCCAAUUAUUUCUACAUUAAAAGUAUUUGAAAGUAAUAACUCUACUAUUUCAACAGUUUAUUCUCGUUUUAAUACUAUUUUAUUAGAAAUACAAAAAAUUGAAUAUCCACAUUAUUUUGAAGAAAGCAAGAAAGAUAAAUCUAUUUGUCUAACUACAUUUGCAGAUUUUAUUGCUUUAAAAUAUUCUGCUGAUGAAGCAUCUAAAAUAUAUGCUGAACUAUUAAAAUUUCGUAAUAAACAGACAUCAUAUAAUAAUUUGAUUAUCUGGAACUCAGCAACUCUCGUUAAUUCAGCAACUUGGUGGACUUCUUGGCCUUCUACUGAACUUCAAAAAUUUGCAAUCC